AUGUGUAGGCAAUCAACAGCGGAAUCGACCAGCACUGGCGAGAUUUCGAGUCCCUGCCCACUGCACGCGGGUCUGGAACAGUCUCCGUCGUUACCACACAUCGGAAUUGGUAGCAGUCAACAAUCGCAGCCACUGGCAAUGGUCAACGGUGGAUGUAGGAGCGGACUAAACGGCUCUCGACCAACGCCUACACCAUCACGACAGCAAUCGCAUCAUCAGCCCGGUCGAUGGACAGGGGAGACACCGACACCCACAGCGACACCUACCCCAACACCCACUCCAGCGCCUCUUCUUAUGUCUCAACACCCUGCUCCUCCCUGGUUCCAAGCCUAUCUGCCUCGUGAAGUCGCUCUUGAGUUGCUCAUGCAUGAGGAGGUGCGUUGGUUCUGCCAUUCCUUGCUAAGCGUCUCUGUAAAGCCUUAUUUUCAGCCCAUGCAUAAUCUAAAAGAUUGUUACCUCUACGUCGCGACAGAUAUCAAUCUUAUCCGCUUUAAAAGGCAUUACAAGGCUUGA